AUGACGACUGGACUAUUUCUGGCACUUGACUCGUUUGGACCAUUAUUUGUGUUGGCUGGUUCAUUUCCAUCAGACAACACAAUGGCUGUUCCGGUGCAGUCGACGUUGACUCUUCCGAUCGCAUCGUUAGCGGACUUGGCUCCUGGAAAGAUGAAGUGGGGACCAGAUCCAGACGCUGAACUUGAUUUGCGAAUCGAAAAGAACAAAAAAAUUCUGGAAGCACUGAAACCUGUCGCGUUUGAAAGAUUGGUUUUUGAGCAGCCGUUGAUUCUAUCUGGCCAAGACAACUUGCUGAGCAUCACUGCUUCCCAACGGAAGAGCUGGCAAGAAACACCCGAUAUCUACUUUUGCCGUCAUAAGAAGCAUGAGAAAUGCUUUGGAUUUGCGAGGAUACACAAAAAUCAUGGUUUAAUCACGGUCAGCUGUACUUAUGCUUAUCACGGCCAUGAACCAUCAGUUGGACAAUCUCGUUUUGAUGGAAUUCAAUUUGCUUGCAUUCGAUUGUUCAUUGGGCUAUACUGGAAACACAACAGUGAUAUCAAUUGGAAUGUACAUCAUACAAUAAAAUGUUUCAAACACUGGUUCACUGAAUCACAUCCUCUACAUUUUAUUAGUACAUACGACUUUAGAGCAAUCGCCGCAGAGCUUGAAUACCCGGAAUUAGCCGAUUUUCCUGUUGGGUUCGUCUUCUUCCACAGGCCACCAUUGAAAUCUUAUCCAACCACGGAGGAGCUCCUCAGAUUAGAUGAAUUGAAUAGGAAAGAGCCACAUAAACGACAUGUUCAUCCUUCCACAUUUCCAAGAUUUCACGGUGAUCCAGAUUUUGUUGCUUCGAAGUUAGAUCCAUCGGUUGAAAACAAUGAUCCCGAUACAGAUCACAGUUGGUUCGUCAAUCGGGCUCAUGCGACAAAAAUGGCAAUGCACAUGCUAUGUCACGCCGUCAAUCUUAGAGAUAUUAUCAAAGAGGAAGAAAAAGAGAAAAGUAAGACUAAGGACGUAACUGAAGAGUGGUUCAAAUAUUUCAUAGAAAUAAACAAUAUGGUGGAACAUUUUGAGCCAAUACUUAUGAAAUUCUUUGAUGAAGUAGAAUAUGGAAAUUCAUCUAUUGACGUUCCUCCUUCACCGGAACGGUUUCCAACCACGUCAUCUGAUGGCAGAACUGGUCCAAAUCUUCCAAGAGGAUGGCCAGAAGCAAUGAUGCCGGGUAUCACUCCAGAAGGAACAUUCGAUUCUGAAGUGGUGAAAAAUUCGCUAAAUGAGAAAUUAGCGACUACGAUGCGAACAGCCACGGAGCUAAACAGAGCAAGAGCCAGUUGGACAGCUGUCAGGAAUACAAUCGGAGACAUUGAUCAUGCAAAUUAUCUAAAAUAUACAGCACCAGGAAAAGUUGAACCUUCACUCUUUCCCGCUCUAUCCGAUGGAGGACGAGGAUUACUUCAGCCCGUUUUUCUUGAUUCUGAUUCCGAUCAAACCGAUUCCGAUGACUCGGAACAGGAAGAACUUCGAUUGACAAAAAAUCAAAAAAAGAGGAUCAGAAGAAAAAGAAUAAAACAACGGGAAAGAAAAGAACCGGAGCAGAAAAGAAAGCGCAACGUCAUCGAGAUCCGUGAACAAGAACUUUGGUUGGCUGGUAUUAAUCAGCAUUUCAAAAACACCGUUUUAAGCCUUGUUCUCAAACCAAUUAUAUGA